GUAUUAGAUGCUGUGGCUGAUGUGUGGCUGGUCAUGUUCUCUCUCGUUAUAUUUAUAUUUACUUGUGCAGCAAAGGCUGGGCUGGGUCUGAAUGUCUCCAAUUCAUGCCCAAGCAUGUGCAAAUGUACACCUGAAGAGACCAUCCUCUGCAACAGAGCUGGACUGAAAACCCUGCCUGGAGAAAUAGCACCCUCCACCAUCUCUCUAAACCUCUCCAACAAUUAUUUGCGGAAUCUCAACACCAACACCUUCAGAAACCUGACUUUCCUUCACAGCCUCUGGCUAGAUGGGAACAACCUGACUUUCCUGACCCCAGGAACUUUCCAUGCUCUCAGCAGGCUGCAAGAGCUGCACCUCAGCAGGAACUCACGCCUCACCUACCUGCACGCAAACACUUUCAGGGGACUAUUAAACCUCAUCAGCCUGGAUUUGUCCCACUGCAACAUCUUCGAAAUCCACCCACUUCUAUUUUCACACUUGCCUUCUUUAGAAAGGCUUGAUUUAGCCUCCAAUAACAUGAGGUAUGUCCCACAAGCCUUUAGGAACCUCUCCAGCCUCACGAGGCUGUCCCUGGAGGGCAACCACAUAGAGGCCAUCGGCAGAGAUUCCCUGAAGGACCUGGAAACCCUGAACGAUCUCAAUCUCAGGAAGAAUCGGAUAUGGAUCAUCCAAAACGGAGCUUUCUCAAAGCUUCUCAGACUGGACAUGUUAAAUUUAGGCCACAACUUCAUCACUGAUUUGCCUAAUCAGCUUUUUGAAGGAUUGAUCCAGCUCAAGACCAUGCACCUUGAAGCCAACAGAAUCACCGCUGUCGACUGCACCUUCAGGCAGCUGCUCAACUUGAGAAACUUGUACUUGAACAACAACCAGAUCUCCUCCAUCUCAGACUCUGCUUUUUUGUACCUAAACAAGCUGCACUUCCUCCACCUGAGCAAAAACAACCUCAGCUCACUGCCCGUGCGCUUGUUCUCCUCCCUGCCCAGGCUGAGGUACGUGCUCCUGUCCCACAACCCCUGGAGCUGCGACUGCCGCGCGCUCUGGCUCCGGCGCUGGACGGCCGCGCUCAUCCAGGGGCUGGGCUGCGCCUUCCCGGGCCCUGCCAACACCACAUUGCCCCAGCAGCCCCUCCCUGGGCUCCUGGGGGACUGCCCCGUGCCCCUGGAGCUGCCCACUGAGGACAGGUGCAGCGUGGCUGGCACCAGCGUGGCGCCCAGGCCCCCCGCCCUGCCCGGCCAGCUCAUCCUGCUGGCACUUGCCUGCCACGUGUGGUACAGUGAGAGGGGAUGGGGCACCCUGCUGGCCACCUUUUAAUGGGGUUCCACUCAUAAAGUGGAGGCAGCUUAUUUGUUUUCCUGAAAUUUGUUUAUGAACAAUGGUUUUGAUGGCAGAUGGAUUUUACAUGCAAAUAAAGAAAUUUCAUUUUA